CACUGCAAUCAGGCACGAUGAAACUUGUGAUCUUGGCUCUGUUUAUUGCUGGCGCCUACGGUUGUGGGCAGCCCACCUACAAACCCAUCGACUCGAGAGUGGUGGGAGGAAGUGAUGUCAGACCCAACAGCUGGCCAUGGCAGGCAUCUCUCCAGUACCAGAGUGGCUCCAGCUUUUACCACACCUGUGGUGGCACCUUGAUCGACAAGCAGUGGGUCUUGACCGCUGCUCACUGCAUUAGCAGCCGAACUUACAGAGUCUUACUGGGCAAGCACAACCUGCCACUCAGCAGCGAGUCCGGCUCUCAGGCCAUCUCUCCUGCCAGGAUUAUCGUUCAUGAGAACUGGGACUCCUACAAUAUCCGCAAUGACAUCGCCCUGAUCAAGUUGUCAACUCCAGUGACUUUCACUGACAAGAUUUCACCUGCUUGUCUGCCUGAUUCCGGCAGCAUCCUUCCUCACAACUCCCCCUGUUACGUCACCGGCUGGGGACGCCUCUGGACCGGUGGUCCCAUUGCUGAUAUCCUGCAGCAGGCUCUGCUCCCUAUUGUGGAUCAAGCUACCUGCACUAAAUCUGACUGGUGGGGCAACCUCGUGACCGACCUCAUGGUGUGCGCUGGUGGAGAUGGAGUUGUGUCCAGCUGCAAUGGUGAUUCUGGUGGCCCUCUGAACUGCCAGAGACGUGACGGCACCUGGGAUGUUCACGGCAUUGUGAGUUUUGGCUCCAGCUUGGGCUGCAACUACCCCAAGAAACCCUCCGUCUUCACCCGUGUGUCUGGAUACAUUCCCUGGAUCAACAAAGUGAUGACCUCUUAUUAAAGCUUGGAAGGCGUGGAUACCUCAAAUUAAACAACAAAAUAAAUGUGGGAUUAAUAAACAUGAUUCUCCAAAA